AUGGAAGGAAGGAAGCGUAUAUUGACAAAUGAACGAUUUUUUGUGCUCAGCGAACAAUUUGUGGCAAGAGAGAAAAACAACAAGCCUCCGAAGGACUUUCUAAACGCAUUAAAUUUGACUGAUCCGAAUUUAGAAUUAGUGAACAUUUGUGAUGAAAUCAAGAUCACUAAUGAUACUGCACUUUUCGAUACUGUUCGCUCCCUCAAGAACAAUGAUGACAGUUUGGGCGUACUUGCACUUUAUUCAUCAGCCGAUAAAAAAAUCACUUCCAGUUAUUAA